UAUUUUGAAAAGCCGCCCGGAAGUAUCUUACCGUGCCCUGGCUACUCGGACCGGAGGCAGGUGGAUGCUGAUGUUCAAGAAACGCUAGCUGGCUUAGACAAUGAUGAGGUGGUGAAGCGUUUAACAGAAGUGUAGUUUGCGUUCAUCUUGACAGGGUUAUUUAUAGCGUUCGGCAUUUGCUACAGAAAUGACGACUACUACGACAUUUCAAGGGAUGGAGCCCGGCUCUAAAAGCAGUUCCAGGGUGUUGCGCCCUCCUGGUGGCGGCUCCAACAUUUCACUUGGUGCAGAUGAGGAGAAGGUCCCUGUCAGGAAAAACAAAAUGGCCUCCAGUGUUUUUGCUGAGCCAGAAGACCCUUACGCCAAUCGAAGGAACAACCCUCCAGGAGGGAAGCCUUCAGGCGUGCUGUGUGGAGAGUCAUCUGCCCCCCUGAGAAGAGGUGGAAACUCGGCUGCAAAUCACUCUGGAGAGCUGCGUGCCAUGGAUGGAGAGAAUUCAGUAGGUGAGAACGAGAACUGCGCUGCUGAUCCAGAACCAGCUCCCGAGCCGCAGGACGACCCCUCUCAGGCCGAGGAGCCUGCUGCAGGAGCACCAUCUGGUCGUCGAAACCCUCCCGGGGGCAAGUCCAGCCUGAUUCUGGGCUAAAGCCACACAACUUACCCUCCUUACCUCCGUUCAUCUCUGAACUCAUCGUGUUUCUUUCUUUUAUUCGUUUCUUUCCUCAAAACACAACUCUCCCGCUCAUCCGUCUGUAGUGCAGGAGUCCUUUGGUGUCCUCCAUUUCCUCCAAGUGCAUUGUUUUGAUACGUCUUUUCUGGGAACGGUUUUUUACUGUUUUUAUUGUUUGUUUAUUUAGACAGAAGCACUUUAUGUAAUGUUUUUAUGGUUCGAGGACGCUCUUUGCCCCUGAAAUGAGGCCUGUCAGGAAGGGUAGGAGGCUCGUAUUUCCCAUGACGGCGUCAUAAACCUCAUAAACUUUCCUGCAACAGCACAAGCGGUGGGUGACGUUCCGGUACGGCGGCGGAACACGAGCAAAGAUGGAAACUUUGGCAUGGCGUUCGUUCUCUCUCUCAUCCUGCAUGCACGUCUGAUCGGAGCGAAUGUGAUUUAAACAUUUUACUGUGAAGUUUUUUUUUUGUUGUUGAAUUUUUAAUUUGUGAAAUAGUCGUACGGUUGUUGCAUGACGUUGAAAUCGUUCUGCUGAUCGAGUAUUGAAAUCCACCCACAUGAAUUCUGCCACAUUUUACUCUGGAAGACGUUUGAUUUUCAGAAGAGCGCGGCUCUUCCCGUGCUUAUUGGAACCCCAGUGCGGAUUUUAAGUGCCCCAAUUUUUAGAUGAAAUUGACUGAAGUGCACCUGCUGGUGUGCUCGUCACACUGCCGGUCAACACCAACGUCCUGGUUUAUUUAUUUAUGUUUCAGGGUAUCCGCGGGUCCUUAAAAAGUCUUAAAAAGUCUUAAAUUUGCUUUUCCAAAUUUAAGGCCUUAAAAAUCCUUAAAAAUGAUAAAUAAUCAGUUUCCAACGGUCUUAAAUUACCAAAGACCCAAUUAAUAAGACUAUUUUAUUCCUAAUUUUUUUUUGUGUGAAUUUCUAGUUUGUGUUCAGCAUUUUUUUUUUGUAUGACAUUUGCAUAAGUGGAACCGUACACAUUCAGUUGGUUGUGAAAGGGGGCUAUUUUUAGAUGAGCACAUUAGCUGGUUAAGCUAGUGGGAGCUUGCGCCAUGGGGAAGUGCAAGUUUAAUGGCAUCUAGAUGGCUAAUCCCACGUUCGCAACGUGGUUAGCACCGGUUCCAGGCAAUAGCUGGAAAUUAUAAUUAAAUUAUUAAAUUUAAUUGGGAAAAAAAAGCUUAAAUUUGGUCAAAGUGGCCUUAAAAAAGGUCUUAAAAAGUCUUAAAUUUGGCUCCCUUAAGCCUGCAGAUACCCUGUGUUUAUCACGCCCUGUCUCCGUAUAAAGAAGCUGUCUGUUUUUUGUUUUUCCUCUCUUGUCUAUGUUGUUGGUCCUGACUUCUAAGUGACCUUAUGACAACCCAGCCUUCUUUUCUGUGUUUUACCUCCACGUAAUAUUCCUGCACACUGAAAAUCAAAAUCCAUCUUUUUCUACGUGAACAAGAUUCAACCCUGAUAACUGUUGUGCACGGCGGCGGCUGCGCCCACCGCCUGCAGGUCAAACAUGCUUUUCCCUGUGGUGUAGUUUCUGUUGCCAUCACUUGUUUGUGUUUGCAUCUUAAACUAAACUUUCAUCCUGGAUGUAAGUCACUGCAGAAAUCUGGAUCCAAGAAAUGGCACAAGUGGAAAUAAACAUUAAAGAUCCGUUUUGUCCACUGA